CAAUUCCAAACAUAACUUUUCUUGUUUGUCAAGAAGAUAAAAUGCAUUUGGUCAAUAUUUUAAGUCCAAUACGUUAUUUUCUACGCCAGAAGAAAAGAUUCGUUUGGAUACAUCUUCCUGCACAAAUGGCCUUUCCUUUUUCUUUAUGAUGAAUUAAAAGAAGGGGAAAAUCUCUACCAAAAAAUAUAACAGUAACCCACACAAGACCAGCGCCGAACAGCAUAAGACUAUCCGAGUCCGGCUCUGUUCUGCUGCCAAAUCUUUCAUCCCUCUGAUCUGUUCGUUUCCUUCGUCUUGGUUGUUGAAUUCUAAGAUUAGCACACUCUUCUAAGUUUGUGCAGCAAUAUUUCAUCAGGGAUGGCAGAGGAUAAGAUUGGAAUUGCCAAGGAUGUCACUGAGUUGAUUGGUAAAACACCAAUGGUAUAUCUCACCAAUGUUGUGGAUGGCUGCGUUGCUCGUGUUGCUGCCAAGUUAGAGAUGAUGGAACCCUGCUCAAGCGUCAAGGAUAGGAUUGGAUAUAGUAUGAUAGCUGAUGCGGAGGAGAAGGGUCUUAUCAAGCCUGGCGAGAGUGUCCUUAUUGAGCCAACAAGUGGAAACACCGGGAUAGGGCUGGCAUUCAUGGCAGCAGCCAAGGGCUAUAGACUUAUAAUCACAAUGCCUGCUUCGAUGAGUUUGGAGAGAAGAAUGGUUCUCAGAGCUUUUGGAGCAGAGCUUGUUCUUACAGAUCCGGCAAGAGGCAUGAAAGGUGCUGUUCAGAAGGCAGAAGAGAUCUUGGCAAAGACACCUAAUUCUUAUAUUCUGCAGCAAUUUGAGAAUCCUGCCAACCCAAAGGUUCACUAUGAGACCACAGGACCAGAAAUCUGGAAAGGCUCUGCUGGCAAAGUUGACGCCUUUGUGUCUGGGAUAGGAACUGGAGGAACAGUAACCGGUGUAGGGAAGUAUCUUAAGGAGCAAAACCCUAAUAUAAAGCUCUAUGGUGUAGAACCAGUUGAAAGUGCAGUGUUGUCUGGAGGAAAGCCUGGUCCACAUAAAAUCCAGGGCAUUGGUGCAGGCUUCAUCCCGGGAGUCCUCGAUGUCAAUUUGCUUGAUGAAGUUGUUCAAUAUCAUAACCAACUUUCUCCCAUCGUCACUGAAAUGUGUUCAAUUGAAUUGCCUGUAUUGCAGGUAGGAAUAUCAUCCGGUGCAGCCGCAGCUGCUGCAAUCAAGAUCGCGAAGAGGCCCGAGAAUGCUGGAAAGCUCAUAGUUGUGGUGUUCCCAAGUUUUGGCGAGCGUUACCUCUCAUCAGUGCUCUUCGAAGACGUGAAACGAGAAGCAGAGAACAUGGUGUUCGAGCCUUGAACCUGCCUCUGAUGUUGUUUGGCGAUGAUGGAGUGCAUGGUUACUGAUCAGUUUUUUUUCUGUAGCAUUGACAAAAGGGUUUGUAUUAGUCAAUACUCAAUAACGGUGCCCGGAGUUGGCCGGCUUGGUGUUUCUGCUGGGUUUCUGAUCCUCUCCAUGGAGGGGAAAGAAAGAGGUGUUUGAGAUAUGCAAUACUGUCUUGGCUUGAACAUUGUGAACUGUGUCUUUUCCGCCAAGAACUUAUAGAUACAAAGGUUAACGACGUUUGAAUAAAUAUAUAGUUGGUGUUGCGCGGUUGCGUCCGCAGCAGCCAUUAUAUUUGUGGACUGGCUGGCUGUGCAACGUCGGUUACGAUAUACUUUUUAGUAUUAUUAUAUUUCAUGAAUAUUUCCACUCACAGAUCAC